AUGCAAGAGCCCACGCACGCAUUAAAACCGCCAGCACCCCCAGCACAUGUCUCGGAAUACAUGGGAAAGAACAUGCAGGAAUACCAGACAUUUAUCGCACGCAUGGAGACCCAUUUCGAACGAAAUCGCUACUACUUUACUAAUGAUACGACGAAAGUGGUGGAAGGUACGGCACAUCUAUGCGCAACAUUUAUCCGCCUAUGGAGGCAACACGAGGAGGAAGUCGCCGAUAAACCUACCUGGGAGGACUUUCGCAAGUUUCUACUACGCCAAUUAAACGACCCUGUUAACCUGCGAAGAGAUGCGAGCCAACGCUACCAUGACGCCAGACAACAGGAUCACCAAAACGUACGGGAAUUCGCAGCUUACCUUAACCAAUGGGAAGUUCAGCUCCCAGAAGCAUACACAGAAAAUCAACGAAAGGAUCACCUCCGGACAAGAGUCAAGCAAGACCUGCGACACGAAGCGCUUAAAUACCCCAACGAACCAGAGACAUAUGAAGGCUAUAUCGCCCACCUCCAAACAAUUGAAGAUUCUAUACCGGGUCGACGCAAGGAAAUAUCGCAAGCGAAAAAUAGGAGAAGCCAACACAGCUUAGCUAUGCGGCACCGGACGACGACCCCAGGCAACACGGAAAGACAACAACCUUCCAGUCAACGGGGCCCAGACAAGCCAUGGAGAGGCAACAAUCGCGCCUUUAGAGGAAACUCUAAUAGGUCCCAAAGGUCAUAA